AAGAUGUGGCUGCUUCUAGCAACAACCUGUUUGAUUGUGGGGACUUUCAAUGUCGGAGGACUCUUUCACUGGAAAAACAAAGUGAAUCCUGAGGUGUGGAUGAAUAUUAGUGAGAUCAUCAUGUACCACGGCUACCCCAGUGAGGAAUAUGACGUCAUCACUGAAGAUGGGUACAUCCUCGGUGUGAACAGAAUUCCCCAUGGGCGGAGAGAGGCUAGGAGCACAGGUCCUCGGCCAGUCGUGUACAUGCAACAUGCCCUGUUUACAGACAACGCGGCGUGGCUGGAGAAUUUUGCCAAUGGCAGUCUUGGAUUCCUCCUCGCAGAUGCGGGUUAUGAUGUAUGGAUGGGCAAUAGUCGCGGGAACACUUGGUCAAGAAGGCACAAAACACUCUCAGUGACCGAAGAGAAAUUCUGGACAUUUAGUUUUGAUGAAAUGGCCAAAUAUGAUCUCCCAGGAAUAAUAGACUUCAUUGUAAAUAAAACUGGUCAGGAGAAGUUGUAUUUCAUUGGACAUUCACUUGGCACCACCAUAGGGUUUAUAGCCUUUUCCACCAUGCCUGAACUGGAACAAAGAAUCAAAAUUAAUUUUGCCUUGGGUCCUGUAGUCUCAUUGAAGUAUCCCACGGGAUUUUUUACCAGGUUUUUCCUACUUCCAGAUUCUGCAUUCAAGUAUCUGUUUGGCACUAAAGGUCUAUUUUUAGAAGAUAAAUCAAAGAAACUAUCUUUCAUGAAAAUUUGCAGCAAUAAAAUCCUGUGGGUAAUAUGUAGUGAAUUCUUGUCUUUAUGGGCUGGAUCCAACCAGAAAAAUAUGAACAUGAGUCGACUGGAUGUGUAUAUAUCACAUACUCCCACUGGAUCAUCAGUACAGAACCUACUACAUAUAAAACAGAUGUACCGAGCUAAUGAAUUCAGAGCUUAUGAUUGGGGGAGUGAAGAUGAAAACAUGCAUCACUACAACCAGAGCCGCCCCCCACUGUAUGACUUAACUGCCAUGAAAGUACCCACGGCUAUUUGGGCUGGUGGGAAAGAUGUGCUGAUAACACCCAAGGACGUGGCCAGGAUACUCCCUCAAAUCAGAAAUCUCAUUUACUUCAAGCUAUUGCCAGAUUGGAACCACUGCGAUUUUAUCUGGGGCCUUGACGCCAAUCAACGGGUGUACAGUAAAAUCAUAGCCUUGAUGAAGGAAUAUCCCUGA